AUAAAUACUAUAUAUAUAUAUAGUUCCGAUCACAUUCACAAUACUAUUCAAAAUAUUUACAAUUUUGGUAUUGCACAUCUUUUCGUAAGAAUCCCUUACCCUUCUUUAGCAAAAAGUCUUCUUGUACUAGCGUUGUGUACACACCUACAGCUAGCAUGUUUGCUAGCUAUAUAUAUCCAUUGUGUGACCGAAUGGUAGCUAGCUACAUAUAUACAAAGCUAAUCAAGGAGCGGAGGAGUUGAUUAGACAUGGAAGCAACUACCAUGUGGAGAAGAUUGGUGCUCCUCCUCAGCUGCGUAAUGCUAUGCAUAGGAAACUGCGGCGGCCCUCUCAUCACGCGCCUCUACUUCCUCCGCGGCGGCAACCGUAUUUGGUUCGUAAGCUGGCUAAUCACCGGCGGCUGGCCCCUCACUUUUAUCCUCCUAGCCGCCGCGUACGCUUUCCGCCGCACAACCCAGGGCCCCACCGCAAAGCUCUUAUUUAUACCCCCGAAGCUGAUCGUCCCCGCCGCCAUCCUCGGCGCGCUCACCGGCCUCGACGAUUAUCUCUACUCCUACGGCCUGUCCAAGCUCCCCGUCUCCACCUCUGCCCUCCUCAUUAUCUCCCAGCUCGCCUUCGCCGCCGGGUUCGCGUUCCUGCUGGUCAAGCAGAGGUUCACGGCCUACUCGGUCAACGCCAUCGUGCUGUUGACCAUGGGCGCCGGCGUUUUGGCCACCGGCGCCAACACUGACCGCCCCAACGGCGAGUCCAACCGGGAGUAUAUUCUGGGGUUUGUUCUCACGCUUUUAGCCGCGUUUAUGUAUGGGUUUAUUAUGCCAUGCAUAGAAUUAGUGUACAAGCAGGCAAAGCAAGCUAUUACCUAUACCUUGGUUUUGGAGAUCCAGUUGGUUAUGGGUUUCUUUGCCGCCGCUUUUUGUCUCAUUGGGAUGCUCAUAAACAAGGAUUUCCAGGCAAUUUCAAGGGAGGCAAAUGAAUUCGAAAUGGGGAAAGCGAAAUACUAUGUGGUGGUAAUAUGGACUUCCAUCCUUUGGCAGUGCUUUUACGUGGGAGCCGCCGGUGUGAUAUGCUACGGUUCCUCGUUGUUGUCGGCCGUCUUAAGCGCCGUUUUACGUUCCGUGACGGAGGUGCUCGCCGUCGUCUUCUACGCCGAGAAAUUCCACUCCGAGAAGGGUAUCUGUCUAGCCCUCUCUCUUUGGGGGUUAACCUCCUAUUUUUAUGGAGAUUUUAAAAAAAGCAAGACCAAAAAGACCAACAGCCAAAAUCAAAUCCCAGAGGCUCAAAUGGCCCAAACGCAAAGCCUUCCUAUAUAGUCUACUCCAUCAUAUCAAUUACUCCGAUCCUCUGCUCACAUGCAUACAUGAAUGUGUUCCGUUAAAAAUAUUAUAUGGUCUCAUUCAAUAAAUUUUACAGUUAGUUUCAAAUACAUUAUAUUUGGGAUUAGUUUACAAUAUGAGUGUCCUCAAAACUCUUUUGCUUUAUUUGUAACACCAAACCCGAUGAGAUGAUGUUUGUGCAAAGAUAUUAUAUUAUAUGGUUUCCGACCCAA